AUGUCUUUGCAAUCAAUUCGUUUAUGGUUUCGACUGUUUAUUGUCAAUGAUCUUGCAACAAUUUUAUUUUUAUUUAUUUGGAUUGUAACAAAUAUAAUUCUUUUUAUUGCUCAAUUUUUUAAUUAUCAUCAAUCACGAUCAUUUUUUUAUUUACGUGCAUUAAUAUCAGAUGGUGUAAGUGUUGCACGUGCAUCAGCAUUAUGUUUAAAUUUUAAUUGUUUAUUAAUACUUUUACCUGUUUGUCGUAAUUUAUUAUCAUUAAUACGAUAUCUUUUACCACAUUGUAUAAUUCAAUCUCGUUUUCGUCGUUUUACAAUACGUUUAUUUGAUCAACAUGUUGAAUUUCAUCGUUGUGUAGGUUAUGCUAUUUGUUUUUGGUCAUUCGUACAUGUUAGUGCACAUAUUUAUAAUUAUGAACGUUUAAUUGAUGUACAUAAUGAAUAUGGAACACUUGCAGCUGUACUUAAUUUAUUAUAUUUAAAAUCAUCCGAUUCACAAAUUAACCCAUUUGAUAAAAUCAAUUCAAAUACAUUAGGUGUUGGUGCGAUGUUUGGUACAACCGCAGGAAUUACAGGUGUUAUUCUAUGUGUUUGUUUACUUAUUAUGUUGAGUUCAUCAACAAUGUUAAUUCGACGAUCAUUUUAUGAAAUAUUUUGGUAUACUCAUCAUUUAUUUAUUGUCUUUUUUGUUUGUUUGAUGUUACAUGGUCUACAAGGUAUUGUUAAAUCACAAAUAAAUCUUCAAGAACAUAAUCCAGAUAUAUGUGCAUCACUUUAUCGUGAAUGGGGUACUAAUGAACAAUGUCGUAUAUAUCCACGUUUUGCAGGUUCAAAACCAGCUAGUUGGAUAUGGUUAUGUGUUCCAUUAUGUCUCUAUAUUCUAGAACGUAUUCUUCGUUUUAUACGUAGUUUACAACAAGUUAAAAUUGUAAAUGUUAUUCGACAUAAAUCAAAUGUUAUUGAAAUUCAUUUUAAUAAAAAAUCUAUGACAACACCACAACCUGGUCAAUAUAUCUAUUUAAAAUGUUUUUCUCUUGCUAAAUUUGAAUGGCAUCCAUUUACGGUUACAUCUGCAGCUGAAGAAAAUUAUGUCAGUGUUCAUAUUCGAACAACUGGUAAUUGGACAAAAGAAUUAGCAAAAAAUCUUGAAAAAUAUCCAGAAGAUAUUCCUCGAAUAAGUAUUGAUGGACCUUAUGGAAGUCCAGCAGAUGAUGUAUUUAAUUAUGAUGGUGUUAUACUUAUUGGUGCUGGUAUUGGAGUAACACCAUAUGCCGCAAUAUUAAAACAUAUUCGUUCAUCUCAAGCAGAUCAUCUUCGACUUCGUCGUGUUUAUUUCUAUUGGAUGUGUAAUACUACAGCAUGUUACGAAUGGUUUGCUGAAAUGCUGCAAGAACUUGAACGAGAAUUACGUGAUCGAAUUAAUUUUCUUACUUAUAAGAUUUAUUUAACACAAUGGUCAAUGAGUGAAGCACGUGCAAUUAUUGAAAAUAAUACAGAUACAUGUGAUAUAUGGACUGGUUUACAAGCAAAAACACAUUAUGGACGACCAAAUUUUGAUGUUGAUUUUCAAUCAAUUAUAGAUGAAGAUUGGAAAAUAAAAGAUAAACGAGAUAUUGGUGUAUUUGUAUGUGGUCCAAAACCAUUAGUUAAACAACUUCAACGAUUAUGUAUUAAAAUGAAUGAUGAUAGUAUAUCAAAUAAUAAAGCUCAUUUUUAUUUAAAUAAAGAAAACUUUUAG